AUUUUUUUAAGAUUUUUAUUUUUCAGACAUAAUUGUUAAUUUCUUUAUGUCUUUUGUUUUAUUAUUUUACUCACGUUAUUCUUCGCUUUCUUGUAAUACACAUCAAUGGAUUCGGCACAUGCAAAUGUUAUAUUGGACGGAUCAGACUUUCAUGAAAUUUCAUUCUCAUAAAAGAUUUUAUAUUAAUUUUAUCAAAAAAAAUCAUGAUGGAUGCUUUUUUAUAUCCAAAAAAUUAUAUAAAAAAGAUGUUCAAAACAUUCCUAAAGGUUUACUGAAGAAAACAAUAUCUAUGUUUUCUUCAUUAUCAAGUGUUUCUUAUGAUAAAAAAGAUAAUGUUUUCUCUCCAAUUCUUCGGAAAAUUGCUUUAUGGGUAGCAUCUACAUUGGAAUCGUAUUCUCUUCGUAGUCUAGGUAUUCGUAAUACAAAAAUGCUAUAUAAACAUUGUACUGAACAAGGCAUUUAUGAUUUGGAUCGGAAUUUUUGGUAUUCGAAACAUGCUCUUCCACCAUCUUUUCAAACAUGGUUUCAUAUUACUUUACUGCAUGUUUGGAUGCUGAUGGUGCGUAUACGUGCGUUUCCUGAAAAAAUCUGCAAAAUCUAUCAGCAAGAACUUGUCAAUCAUUUUUUCGAAGAUUGUGAAUAUAAAAUGAUAAAUGAAUACAAGAUACAUAAUGAACGGAUUAUUUCUUUUUAUAUGAAAGAUUUGUUAAUGCAGUUUAAUGGUUCUGUAUUUGCAUAUGAUGAAGGUAUGUAUAGAAACGAUUGUGUGCUUGCUUUGGCAUUGUGGAGAAAUUUAUAUGCUGGAAAAACAAAAAUAAAUGUCUCGUUUCUCGCUGCAUCUGUCUUAUACGUACGUAAUACGUUGUUUGAGCUUGAUAAUAUGUUGGAUGAAGAUGUUCAAAAUGCAAAUAUACGUUUUUUACGGAUUUCAGAUACCUUUGAAUUAAAAGAUUAAUAAUUAAAUUUUGUAUAUUAAAAAUAAAUAUUUUGUAGUACAAUA